AUGCUCCGCGUAUUUAUUCUGAUCGUUCCUCUCACAAUUAUCAAGGGCGCUGGCCAUGAGCACAUCCCUAUCCCAGAGGGAGAGUGCGCAAUCAUUGCCGACUUCCACUCUGUCAAGUCCCAGAGCUCACACUCUACACCUUACUUGACAACCGGCUUCUACAGAGUUGUCCCUGGACCUACACGAUACGGCGAGUACGACUAUGAGGAGACCAAAUAUGUCCUCAAGGGCCAAAUCGAUAUCACCGAUGAAGCUACUGGCAAGACACACCACCUUGUUGCCGGUGACUGGGCCUUCUUCCAUGUUGGAUCCAAAGCCCAGUUCUCAACCAAGACUGAAGGUGUCGCAUUCUACGCUGUCACCCGACCAAUGAACGACGGCCACCCUAACCUUGUUGGCCGUGAGGAGAGCACCUCCAAGUUGUAA